AGUAUCGGGGCCCUCCUGAGGGAACGUGGGGCAGCUGCGCGGCAGCGGGCGGUGCGGGCCAAGGAGGCGCUCGACAAACUGACGGCGGCGGUCGCCAAAGCCCAGACCUCCACCAAUCAGCUUGCGCUCCGCACGUCCGCGGCGCAGGUCGAGACUGACGCGAGGUUCGCCAGGCUGGGCGAGCAGAUUCGGGUUCUCCAGGAUUCGCGGGACUCUCAGGACUGCGAGGGCGACCAGUGCGGCGACAAGCAGAUGGCUCAGGUGGGCCCUCCGCCCCUUCGUGGCAAGUCGCCCGAGAUCGAUGCCAUCGAGAAGAAGCUCGCCGAGCUUGCUGCAGCUCAGUCGGCUGCCGCAUCGGUGGCCGCGUCCGCAGCAGCUUCGGUCAGGUCUUUCAGCUUCGCGCCAGAGAGGAAGCGCGCUCGCAUGUUGGUCGGCAAAUUCCUGAAGGCGAUGCUGGACGAACGCUUCCUGGCGAUGAAGGACUCCCUCCCUGCCACUAUUCGUCAAAGGUGCCAGGCGUGGACACGCAGUAUGCAGACGGCCUAUGUGGCCAAGUUCGACACUGAGCAGGACGCCAACAGCUUCUACGACCAAUUCCGUGCGUCCCCCCCCCUCGUGGCGUGA